CAUGGCGAACUGUACCGCCGCCCACCCCUUCUGCAUCCUCCCCUUUUCCAGCUAGCCGCCGGUGCACUGUCCCACGUAUCCUCCCCUAGUCGCAAAAUCCUCCUCGCCGUUGCCGGUCUGCCUCGGCACCUGCCCGGCGCCCCGCAGCUCCCCUCGUCCGGACCAGGCAGCGCCAUUUACGCUGCUCCAUUCCCCAGGGCAGGUCUAGGGUCCCGCCUCCGUCCGACAGCCCGGUCGUGAGCCGUCGUCCCCCGCCACAGCCAGAAGGAGCCGCCUGUCCGUCCCCCCUCUGGACCCUGCGACGGGCUGCCGCUGCUGUCUAGCUAUCUCCGCUGCUCGUCUAGACGCCGACCCAGGAAGUUUUAAGCGCUGCCGACUACUAUCUGUGCCGCACCCAUCCACGGUCCAGACAUGGCUGCUGCUGCCAAGCCGGAGGCGGCUGCCAUGGAGCAGCAUCAGGAGAGUUUACCAGAGGAGGGGGAGGAGCAGCGGCUGCGGGCAGCGCUGCGGCACCUGCAGGCGGAGGCCGGGGUGCUCGAGCGGCUCGUGUACAAGCACCGGAACCAGCACCGCAGCGCCGCCUACUUCCAGUACCUCAUCAAGGUGAGGAGGGACCUGAAGCUGCUGCUUGGAUCCAAUCUCGCGGACGUUAUAAACGCCGUGUUCCCGGUCAUCGCCUGCCGCAAGCCGGCAAACACAAUCCUUGCUCCGAACAGGCAUGGUAAGAAGAAGCCUGGCUCAAACCAUAGCCACUAUAAGAGGCUUCUGGGGGUUGCCCGCUUGCUAUCCCAGAUGGUUGAACCUGUCAUGAAGGCAGCAGUUCAGAUCACAUUUUUGCUCGCUAGAUCAUUUUUCAUAGAACUUUGUACUGCAGUGCUGGCUUUGCUUGCGCGAGUGAGGGUCCUGAUCCAACAGAUGUUGCUUGAUGUUGUAUCAGUAUACAAUAAGGUUACUGAUCUUAUGGAUAGGAAGCAGGCUGUCAGGAUCACUAUUGAUAAAGUGCAGGCUUUCAGAGAGUACUACCCCUCGAGCAACGAUCCCAGUACUACUCUAGAGUGUGUUUGGGUGAAAGAUAAAUUUGUUUUGCAUGAAAGGACAAAAGCUAGCUGUCAGAAAACCCAAGAUGAUGAUCACAGGUCGUGUGCUCCCGAUUCAUCAAUCCAGUAUGAGGCUCUUGGACCUGUUAGUGAAGAGAUGGAGAAUCUUGAUGGAUCAAACUCCCUAGCCAAGCAACAAGAUGCUUCUCUGGCUGACCAACCGGAUAAAGCCAUCCAUUGCGGCGAUGCUGGAGAUUCUCAUAGUGGGAGGCAGUUUCCAAAUGAAAACACUACGGGUUCUCUUCCUGAUGCGCUUGCUGUUCCUGUGCCUGUGCGUUCGACUCCACACACAGAGGUCAAGCCUGAUAUGAGGAAAAGAGUGGCAUUCAUCGCAGUGGGGAAAACAAAAGUUACCGUGACACGACCUGAAACAACAUCAUUGGAACUAACCAAGAAGCAAAGAGUGGACAUGAUUCCACAUGCCACUGCAGAUCCUGCUUUGCAACUUGCACAGAACUGAUAGCUAUGAUGAAGAAAGGGAUAUAUCUUAGCAGAUUCAUGUAUUCGUUAGUUGAUUUGAUGCAUUGUUACUCUGUCUGGCUACUUCUGGCAUCAAUAUCAAUACUUGUUUAGUCGAAA